UUAUGGGUUUUGUGGAUAAGGUAUUUAUGCUUCGAGAUGAUUCUGCUAUACCAAGGCUUCAUCUUGUUUGGUACCGUAAAAUUCAUGAAAUCAACAGGGAAGUACAUAGUCGUCAUAAUACUUGGCUAAUGGAUUGUCUAAGGCGAAAUGUUCAAGAGAUAAGCCUGCGCAUGCGGUAUGAUUUGUUUGCAGAAGUUAAGUUUCCUUCGAGUCUUUUUACUUCUAAGACAUUGACAAUAUAGAAUUAGAAUAAUAUGUGGGUGGGUCUGACGAGCCUGAUGUUAUUCUACCUGAUGUUAUUCACUUACCGUUGCUUAAAAUCAUGAAGCUGUCUGAUCUUUGCAUUUUGGAUGAAGGAAAGACUGCUAAGCUAUUCGUCAAUUGUCCAGCUCUUGAAUCGUUAACCAUAUCAAGAUGUAACAUGAAUCUUAAUAAUGUUUAUGCACCUAAGCUUAAAUGUUUCAUAUAUGAAAACAACGGUUACCAGUCAGAUGGAGUUAGUAUUAUCAGGUUAUGUGCUCCAAACCUCACAUCCUUAGGUUUUAGAAGUUGCCUAACACAUAAGCUUGACUAUUCAGCACUAAAUAUCAAUUCUCCUCUAGUCACUGCCAAAAUAACAAUGGGGGUUGAAGAAGAUGAAGAAAUAGAAGACUCUGCAGAUGAAGCAUAUAGAUACCAAUCUACAGAGGAGAAAGAAUUAUAUGCUCAAAACAUGUUGAAAUUGCUGAAAGCACUUUCUACUAUGAAAAAUCUGACAUUGUCACGUUGGCUCAUUAAGCUUGUCUCUGAAGCUCCUAACUUAGUAGAUUAUGAGUCCCUGCAAUUAUCCAGCGUACAAAGUUUAACACUGCGGCCAUUUCUUUCAAAAGACUGCUUUCGUACAAUAACAUACUUGCUCAACAUUUCUCCUAAUUUAGAAUCUCUGGAAGUGAUAAUAUAUAAGAGUCCCUUUAACGAUGAGCCAGAGUUGUAUCCAUUCUGUGACGAGGAAUGUGACGGUUCAGUAUGCAAUAUGUAUGCAUCUAGUAGAAUUCAUUUUCAUGAAUAUGGGGUUUAUUCAUCUUUCCAUGUGUGACUUUUAUGUGCUACGCAACCUUACUACUACUAUUCUUCA